GACAUUCAAACAGUUUUAGUUUCAAUUCGUUUGCCGUACGCUCAAGUUCGAAUCGGCGUUGAAAUCGGCAACUAAUCGCAAUUGAGAACUUUGGAAACAUGAAGCUCUUGGUGUUAGCCUUUUUGGCUACGUUGGCGCUUUCGCAAGCUUUGGUCAAGGAGGAAAUAGCUGCGAAGGAGUAUUUGGAGAAUCUGAACAAGGAAUUGGCUCUGCGCACCAAUGUCGACACUGAAGCUGCCUGGGCUUAUGCUUCCAACAUCAAUGAUGAAAACGAAAAGAAGCGUAAUGAGAAUGCCGCUGAGUUGGCCAAAUUCCUGAAGGAAAUCGCCGCCGACACACAGAAAUUUAACUGGCGCAGUUAUCAAUCAGAGGAUAUCAAGCGUCAGUUCAAAUUUCUAACCAAGCUGGGCUAUGCUGCUUUGUCAGAGUCCGACUAUAAGGAGCUGUUGGAGACGCUUUCCUCCAUGGAAUCCAACUAUGCCAAGGUCAAGGUGUGCGACUUUAAGGAUGCAAAGAAAUGUGAUUUGGCUUUGGAGCCUGAGAUUGAGGAAAUAAUCACCAAGAGCCGCAAUCCCGAGGAGCUCAAGUAUUACUGGCGCGAGUUCUACGAUAAGGCGGGCACAGCAGUGCGUCCGCAAUUCGAGAAAUACAUUGAACUCAACACCAAGGCUGCUCAUCUGAACAACUUUACAUCUGGCGCUGAGGUCUGGCUGGAUGAGUAUGAGGACCCCACUUUUGAGAAGCAGCUGGAGGCUAUUUUCGCCGAGAUUCGUCCGCUCUACGAGCAGGUGCAUGGCUAUGUGCGCUAUCGCCUGAGGCAACAUUAUGGCAAUGAGGUGGUUUCUGAGAAGGGACCACUGCCCAUGCAUCUGCUGGGCAACAUGUGGGCUCAACAAUGGUCGGACAUUGCGGAUAUUGUGUCGCCUUUCCCAGACAAGCCGCUGGUAGAUGUUUCCGCUGAAAUGAUUAAACAAGGUUACAAUCCACUGAAGAUGUUCCAAAUGGGCGAUGAUUUCUUCACCUCAAUGAACCUAACCAAGCUGCCCAAAGAUUUCUGGGACAAGUCGAUUAUCGAAAAACCCACCGAUGGUCGCGAUUUGAUUUGUCAUGCCAGCGCUUGGGACUUUUACCUGCAGGACGAUGUGCGCAUUAAGCAGUGCACCACUGUGACUCAAAGUCAGUUCUUCACAGUUCACCAUGAGCUGGGCCACAUUCAGUACUUCCUGCAAUAUCAGCAUCUGCCUUUUGUCUAUCGCACUGGCGCUAAUCCUGGCUUCCACGAGGCUGUCGGCGACGUUCUAUCCUUGUCUGUGUCUACGCCCAAGCAUUUGGAGAAGGUUGGACUACUCAAGAACUACAAGCAGGACGAGGAGCAGCGCAUCAACAAUCUGUUCUUGACUGCUCUGGAUAAGAUUGUAUUCUUGCCUUUUGCGUUCACCAUGGACAAGUAUCGUUGGUCGCUGUUCAGAGGUGAGGUGGACAAGUCCAAGUGGAACUGUGCCUUCUGGAAGCUGCGUGAGGAGUAUUCCGGCAUUGAGCCACCAGUGGUGCGCACUGAGAAGGACUUUGAUGCACCUGCCAAGUACCAUGUGUCGGCAGAUGUUGAGUACUUGAGAUAUUUGGUCUCGUUCAUCAUUCAGUUCCAGUUCUACAAGUCGGCCUGCAUCAAGGCGGGUCAAUACGAUCCUAAGAAUCCCGAAUUGCCUUUGGACAACUGCGAUAUCUAUGGCAGCGCUGCUGCUGGCAAAGCUUUCCAAAAUAUGCUCUCGAUGGGCGCAUCCAAGCCUUGGCCCGAUGCACUGCAGGCCUUCAACGGUGAGCGCACCAUGACCGGCAAGGCUAUUGCUGAAUACUUUGAGCCCCUGCGCGUCUGGCUGGAAGCGGAGAAUAAAAAGAACAAGGUGCCCAUUGGCUGGACUGCAUCAGAUAAAUGCGUUUCGUCCUGAUGACAAUGUUAUCGAGAGUUCUUUACUUUGAAUUUUGUAUAAUAUUCAGACACACAAAUUUAUUGAAAUAUAUAUU